CCGCUGUCACUCAAGUCGCCAACGCAGCCGUCGCCGCCAGCUGUGCCGGCCAAGAUGGCGCCCCCUUUGCCACCAAAGACGCCCAUCCACGAAUAUGGCCACCGGCCCCGAGACUCGGAGACGUCGAUCCCGCCUUACCCACUGGACGAUGACGAGGGGCCGCCUCCCAUCAACAUGGCGCGGAAGCCAGAGUAUCUGCAGUAUUAACGAGUGGGAAAUAAGUGAAAAAGAGUUGGAAUAACGGCGUUUCGGAUACCAAAUUGGUGAUGUGACGAGGGCAUGAUUGAAUGCUUUUUUAUUGCUGUUUAUUUUUCUUUGUCUAUAUUUUUUUUAUACUUUUGUUACCUAAAGAAAGAGGGAAUGAGGGAGGGAUUGGAUCUUUGAAUUGUUAUGACAAUGUCUCGCUUUGAUACCAUGGGCGGCGGUGGCGGCACUUUUAAAUAGGGAAAAAUGAAAUACACCAUAUAUACCUUUUGGAAUUUGGAAGCAAAAUAUUCGAUAAACUGACAGAGCAAACCUGCGUAUAUAUGUACUGCUGCCUGUGUAUCUGACAUAUGAUGAUGGACGUGAUGUACUCGAUAAGACCCUGGCUACUAAUUGCUGUGUUGAUGCCACCAUUUGCUACUUUUUCUCAGUUGGGCGAGAUGAGGUGCGAGCUGGUGUACAUACUAGUAGGCAGGCUACCAGCGAUGAUGAUGAUGCAAAUCUCAACUCUACAAGGGUUUUCUAUCGAUCCUUUCUCGAUGCGGAGUGGCGGCUUGCGUCCAAGACUAUGCGCGAC